GAGAUGGAAAUCCCAUAACGAAGUCCUAGGCAUACAGGGGCAGAGGCACUGCGGUCUCCCCGGCCGCAUUGGGCCGGGCUGGGAGGAGGCGUUCCGGAGAGGGGGCCCGGGCAGGAGGCGUUCCGGAGAGGGGGCCCGGGCAGGAGGCGUUCCGGAGCGGAGGCUGGUGGAGGAGCGACGAGUCCAGUCGCCGAAGUUAGCUGGCUAACUUUAGCUGCUAGCUCAUUUAAAGUAACAAAAAUGUAUUCCUUCCACUCUUUGCGGAUCGAAGGGGAUUUCUGCGAGGCUCGGGGAGUUUGUCGUGUCGACACAGCACCGCGUCGUUGAUGUGUCCUACGCUUGAGUUAUGCUUUCGCGAAAGAAAAGCAAAAACGAAGCGUCGAAACCAGCCGAGGUCCACGGGAAAUACGUGAAGAAGGAAACGUCGCCGCUCCUGAGAAAUCUUAUGCCCUCUUUUAUUCGCCAUGGACCCACCAUUCCAAGACGCACGGAGGUCCCCAUGCCGGAGGCGGGGCCGACGGUGUACACGGCCCCGCCCAGCAGGGAGCCCGCAGUGUCCCGCAACAAGAGCUUCCUCCGGCCCCCGGUCCAGAGGCCGCCCCACGAGGUGGCCCGCCGCGAGAGCCACCGGCUGUCGGCGCCCCCCUACCUCCCUCGCAGCCUGGGGGACCUCCCCCACGAGUACGCGGGCUCCGCCCAAUCCUUCCUGACGGAGGUGACCCCCAUGUCGGAGAACGGGGACCCCGGGCGCUACUAUUUCCCCCCCCCGGCGGAACAUUACUAUGACAACCAGCAGCAGCGACAGCAGCCUCACCGGCUCCAGGAGCCCUUCCACGAGGACUAUCGCUACUACGAACCCAACGAGCACAACUUCCAAAGACUGGCCCCGCUGCACACGCCCCCGGCCCCCACGAGACCCCCCGCUGGCAUCGGCCGCAUCCAGGCCAAGUCCCUGGGGAACCUGUCCAGCCUGGCGGCCGACGACCUCCCCCUGCCGGGGGGCUGGAGCGUGGACUGGACCAUCCGGGGCAGGAAGUACUACAUCGACCACAACACCAACACCACCCAUUGGAGCCACCCGCUGGAGCGUGAGGGCCUGCCGCCCGGCUGGGAGAAGGUGGAGUCGGCAGAGUUCGGCGUCUACUACGUGGACCACGUCAACAAGCGCGCCCAGUACCGGCACCCCUGUGCCCCCAGCGUCCCGCGCUACGACCAGCCCCCCAAGCUGCCCCCCCCCGUGGUGUACCAGCCCCGCCCCGCUGAGAGGAGCCAGCCCGUCUUGGUGCCGGCCAACCCCUACCACACCGCCGAGAUCCCCGACUGGCUGCAGGUCUACGCCCGCGCCCCCCUAAAGUACGACCACAUCCUGAAGUGGGAGCUGUUCCAGCUGGGAGACCUGGACACCUACCAGGGCAUGCUGAAGCUGCUCUUCAUGAAGGAGCUGGAGCACAUCGUCAAGAGCUACGAGGCGUACCGCCAGGCGCUGCUCUCCGAGGCCGACGCCCGCAAGCAGCAGCAGCAGUGGUACGCCCAGCACGCCGCCAACCAGGCCUUCAUGGGGAACAUGUGACCGGGGGGCUACCCCCCAGGGUGGGUGGGUGUGUGUGUGUGUGUGUGUGUGUGGAGGAUGCACCCCUUUUGAGGCGGCUGGGGUUUGGGGGGGGGGGGGGGGGGAGUAGUCUGUGGGGUUUCUUCGGACAUUGUGAUUGGCUCCUGGUUGGUACUUCUACCAAACGCAUCUGUGCCUUGGCCUGGUCCAAUUAGAGAGAGACAAACAAAUUCUCUCUCUCUCUCUUGCCUUGUCACUAUCUCCUCUCUCUCUCUCUCUCUGCAACAUUGGAAAAAUGACAACACAGAGACCGUACCAAGAUGAGGAAGAGGGGAGGAAUACGGGCUGCGUCUUAAGACGGACGGAGGACAGAAGGAGGACUCUUGGUUCCUCCCUAAAAAAUACUGUGGGAGGGCUUUGUUUUAACAGCAGCCGCUCUGCGAUUGGGCGAGAGCUGGGCCACACUGACUUCUCAUUGGUUGGGUCGAACCGCCUGCUCUUUUGAGUUGUUUUCCUACAGGAGAGAGAGAGGGGGCAGCUUCAUUACAUUAAACGUCUAUGAAUCAUCGCUAAUUAACGAAUAUUAUUUUACUGUACAUUCAUUGUAUAUUGUAGCCUCCAUAAACUGAAAUGAAAAUGAUUGGUCGGUUCACGGCCAGCGAGAAUGCUAAUUUUUCUUAUGUUUUUGUUAUUAUGGCUAUAUCCUUUAUAAUACAAUCUGCCAAAAGCUUCACACAUAUUUAAGUUUUGAUAUGAAACACGUGUUUUGUUGAGAGACGCUGCUGUUGAGGGAGGAAUGCCCUCUGCAUCGCUGUACAUCAGGAAUAUUAAUCUAAUGUGUAUAAAAUAAAACAGAUAAGCUAACCUGCCUCCUCCAUGUGACACCUUCAACCCCGUCUGUCUGUCUGUCGGUCUGUGUAAAUGUAUUUGCAUUAAGUGGCUAAUUCACUUUAUUUUAUGAAUUCAAAAAUCUAAAAAGAUGUCUGUUGUUUCGGUACAACCCUCGCCCUCGUUCGACUAAACAUAGUCAAUAUUGACCUGCACACAAUACGAAGAAGCACACACAAACACAACGCACACAUCUGCCGUAGCUAAGAUGGACAAUAAUAACAAACCACUCCAUCAGCUUUUUAUUUUUUCAUAUUUAUUUGGUCCAGCUUUAUUGAUCAAAUCUCUGACGUUUGGCGACGCGUGUCCAGAGGAACGGUCUGGAACGGGUUGCUCAAGAGCCCCUUGAGUUGAACCCUUGACCAAGUGUGUGGUGGA